UUGGUGGUGUUUGCAAGGUUUUGGCAUGCCUUUUAGGUAGUUAGCUUGCUAGUUUUGGAACAGAACUUAUUGCUGCUGGUUGGUUAACACACAUUGCAUUGGAAGUCAUACUGACCAAAGGACGAGUCUCGUCUGGAUCAAUGAGUAUGCCACAGGACGCAAAGGAAGAACCUCCCAAUCCCACCCUGAAAAGGUAUGCAGGUCGCAAAUGUCAUAUCGUUUCUUGGCUCAGACAAUUCGCAGAAUUCGUAGGAUCCCCAGCCCCCUAUCAUUUUCCAGGUGAUAGGCGAGGGUGUGGCGAGGCCAGUGCAACCUGAUGCGCGUCUGUUGGCUUCUCUUCCUGUAUGUUAAGUAUCGGAGAGAGCGGGCAAACGAAUUAGCCCCAAACAUUGUAUUAUGGGUGUUUAAAACAGUUCUUAGAAUGGCCUAAGAAGAAGGAAUACAAAAUGGUUAGAUCGGGUGUGUGCUGUGCCAGCCUGGACGAUUACAAGGCCCUGAUGAAGAUGGGCUUGGGGCUGGUGCUGGUAGGCCAUGUCAACUUCCUGUUGGGGGCGCUAGUGCACGGCGCCGUGCUCAGGCACAUCAACGUACAUGUUCAGGCUCGCCACAUGGAGUACGCCAUCUCCAACGUCAUAGCCCUGGUGUCAGGCCUGCUGGCUAUCAUUGCUGGAAUCUCAGCAAUUGUCCUAUCCAAAAACAGGAAAAACAAGCCUUUGACAUGGUUCCUGUUUGCCAUCAGCAUAGUGGCAGCUCUUCUAUCCACUGCCUCGACAGUGGGCCUGAGUGUGUCCAUAGUCAUGGCCAUCAUGAAAGGAGGCAAAGGCCUGCUGACCCACUGCAAAUUCACAGACCCCAUCAGCUACUUCAGCAUCACCAACGAAUGCCCGUUUGAUCCCACAAGGGUCUAUGGCACAACCAUCAUUUUGUGGGUUCCGCUGAUCCUGAUGUUGGUAGUAGAGACGGUGUUCUGUGGGCGCUGCUUUGCCGCCACCAUCUCCUUCCUGCGCUUGUCCUGUCCGUGGCGAAGAAGGAAGAAGGUCAUCAAUACCAGGAGGGUGCGUAUAAGGAGCCCCAGGGACCUGGAGUCCAGCUCAGAUCAGAGACAGUCAGUGGCAGAACCUGCUGAACAGCACGAGCUGCUCAGAUUCAACACUCCCAUCCCUGGAACAAUCUGAGCCACUGGGAGGCGCUAUAGAUACAAAAACAGUCCUCCAUGCUAUGGGAAGAGCCUGCUGCCCCACUAAAGUCUACAAACACUGCCUCUGAUGAUCCACUGGACUAUUCAAAGGUUCCUUUAUUAAAGAUUCAUUUUUCAUUUCAAAACAUGGGGGAAAGGUUACUGAUACUAUUUUUUGUUCAAAGACUAAUUGUUUUUAGUUUGUGUCUUGAUGUGGAAGUUGUCGCUGAGACUAUGUGUCUUAAAUUAUUGGAUCCAUAUGGAAGUCCAUAUAAAAGUAAUUAUUUAAGUUUUCACACUUCUUUUUAAACUUUUCAAAAUGUUUUUGAAUUUCCUCACUAUGGUCCAUUUCACUUUUAAAUAUGUUUAUUUUAAGUGACUUUUAUGAGUUUGAAAUUUGUGGGAAUUUUUGUGAGAUGAUAAAUUGUGAAUGUAAUUUAUGUUAUUAACCAAGAUUACGUUACGUUUGAGUACUUUUAUUCUGAAUGUGUUUUGGUAAACAUGUUUUUGAUACAUGUGUCUGUGUCCUAGUCGCUUUUGUUUGGUCAACUUGGAGAAUUCCUUUUAGGGUUUGUUAGCCUACAUUAUUUUUGUGGUACAGAAUUUAUACCCUCAAAAUACUCUCUAAAACCCUCAAAGAUACAAAAUAUGCCAAAGAGAAUACCACAAUAUCCU